AUGUCUUCCAGUAAAUUAUUCCAGCCUAUUACCCUUGGACGUCUCUCUCUAUCUCACCGAGUCGUCAUGGCUCCUCUGACGCGACUUCGCGUGAAUCCAGUCACCCUUGCCCCUUUAUUACCUUUGGUGAAGGAUUAUUAUGUCCAACGCGCCAAGAUCCCUGGCACGCUUCUCAUCGCCGAAGGCACCAUCAUUGCACCCCAAGCCUCUGGGUUCCCUGGUGCACCAGAAAUAUGGACUGAGGAGCAGAUCGCUGCCUGGAAAGAGGUCGUCAACGGUGUCCACGCCCAGGGAAGCUACAUCUAUCUACAAAUCGCUGCUAUGGGACGUCAAGCAUCCCCAGAUUUUCUUAAGUCUCGCGACCCUACGUUCCCGCAUGUAGGAGCGUCGGCGCUCCCUCCUACACCUGGCGCACCUGUUCCUCACGAGAUAACGAAAGAGGAGAUCAAGGAACACAUAGAAUUCUUUGGCAUUGCUGCAGCAAAUGCGGUGAACAAGGCUGGGUUUGACGGAGUAGAGAUCCAUGGGGCGCAUGGGUUCCUUGUGGAUGAGUUCAUACAGAGCGUGAGCAAUGUUCGGGAUGAUGAGUAUGGUGGAACCGUGGAGAACCGUGUGAGGUUCCCCUUGGAAGUUAUUGAACGGGUAGUCAAGGAGGUGGGAGCGGAUAGGGUAGGCUUGCGGCUGAGUCCGUGGAACCGUGGUGCCGGAAUGCGGAUGGAAGAUCCUGUACCCACUUUUUCACAUCUGGUAACGAGUGUGAAGGAGCUGUAUCCCGAUUUUGCUUGGAUUCACGUCGUCGAGGCUCGUGUCGACGGGUUUACCGAUCGGUCCCCAGAAGAUAUCAAGGAUGUCGAAACUAAUGAUUUCAUUCGGAAAAUUUGGGCACCAAAACCCCUUAUUUCUGCUGGUGGAUAUACUAGGGAGUCAGGGAUAGAGACCGCCGACGAGAAGGGUGAUCUUAUUGCUUAUGGCCGGUGGUAUAUCUCGAACCCUGAUCUUCCCACGAGGCUGGAGAAGAAUAUACCUUUUACGAAGUACGAUCGCCCCACAUUUUAUGUUUCUGGAGAUACCAGUGGUGUGGGCUUUACAGACUAUCCAUUUGCUGAAUGA